AUGCACCGGAGGGCGACGGCUUGCACUGGCCGCGCGACAGCAACGCCAUCUCGCGUCCUUCCGAGGGCCCCUCACAGCCCACCGGGAGCGCGGAGGGACCUAGCUGCGGCUGCAGCAGCAGCGGGGGGUGUGCCCAGCGACGGCAUCGACGCCGCUACCCCCACACGCGAGCUCGGGAGCUCCUCCCCCCUCCCUGCCGACUGGCGCCAGCGAUCCAAACCCAUUUCCCCCGGCAGCAGCUAUCCGGCCAAGCAGUACUGCAGUAGCUGCGGUCUGUGCGAUACCUACUAUGUGGCGCACGUGAAGGACGCAUGCGCGUUCCUGGGCGAUGGCAUGUCCCGCGUUGAGCGGCUUGAGGAGCGAGUGCAUGGCCGCCGACGUAACGCCAACGAUGAUGACGAGCUGCACUUUGGCGUUACGAGGUCCAUGUCGUACGCCGUUAACACCCCCCCAGUGGAGGGAGCCCAGUGGACGGGGAUUGUGACGCAGAUUGCCAUUGAGAUGCUGCGAAGUGGCAAGGUGGAGGCGGUGGUUUGUGUGCAAAGUGAUGAGAAUGACCGGUUCACUCCGAAACCAGUGGUGGCGCGAACCGUGGAGGACAUCAUUAAAGUGGGGCGGGGGUUGUGGGGGAGGGCCCGCGGAGUCAAACCCACUCUUUCCCCGAACCUCAACGUCCUCGCCACCGUGGAGGCGUUACAAGUCAAGAAGCUGCUGUUCAUAGGGGUGGGGUGCCAGGUUCAGGCCCUUCGCUCCAUCGAGCCGUAUUUGGGUUUGGACAAGUUGUACGUCCUGGGUACGAACUGCGUGGAUAACGGCCCCCGCGCCGGGCUGGACAAGUUCCUGAGAGCCGCCUCCACUCGGCCGCAGGAGGCCCUCCACUACGAGUUCAUGCAGGAUUACAGGGUGCACGUGAAACACACAGACGGCUCCUUUGAGUACGUGCCGUACUUCUGCCUUCCCGCCAAGGAGUUGAAUGACGUCAUCGCGCCGUCUUGCUACUCUUGUUUCGACUACACCAACGGUUUGGCGGAUAUGGUGGUGGGCUACAUGGGCGUGCCGUACCUAGAUCUCGACAUGAUACGGCAUCCGCAGUACCUUGUCGUACGGAACGAACGUGGCCAGGAGCUGUUGGACAGUGUGAAACACCGACUGGAGAUGAGCCCCACCGUCUCUAUGGGCGACCGCCGCUCGGUGGUGAUGCAGACGGUGGCCAGUGACGACCAGGCCAAGCUGGGUGAGCUCCGAGACCCGGCACCGCGCUGGCUGGGGAACCUGCUGGCCUGGCUGCUGAACCUCAUAGGGCCCAAGGGGCUGGAGUUCGGGAAAUAUUCGAUCGAUUACCACUACAUCCGGAAUUAUCUCUACGUGCACCGAAAUUGGGGUGCGAAGCGCGCGGAGCAGCACAUCCCCUCCUUCGUCAAGGAGAUUGUACGGCAGUACGACAAGGACGGUGCCGUUACGAAACGCUUGAAUCUGAAGCCCAAAUUCUGA